AUGCAUUAUUGGAGAUUCUCUGGUUUCUCGGGAUUGCAGUGCUACCGUCUUGGAGCCUUUUAUGAUAUCAUUGAGGGUGGACGUCGAUCCAUGGUGGCUUUGAGCCUACUUGAGAUCCUAUUUAGAGUUGAUACGCCUUCGGACAGUCUUGCUAGGCAGCUCUGUACUAAUGACUUUCAGAGAGUAGGUCCUGAGUCAAUAUCGGAUCCUCCAGCAGCCCAUGUUCUAGAGCAGCCGGUGGGGCCUGGACCAGCUCCGCCACCACCCGGACUGGCUGUGUCAGCAGAUCUUCAGCUAGCUAUUGCGCAACUUUUGACAGCUCUUGGGGGAAUGAAGCAAGCCCCAGCUGCAAUACUAGCACCUGCACCUGUGCCAGUACCGACACCUAAACUUGCGGUAGUACUGACACCUAUACUUGCACCAGAAUCGACACCUGCACCAGCACCAAAUUAG